GCGCCCGCCCCCCGCCGCCGCCGCUGCCGCCGCCGUGGGCGCACUCGCCGGUCGCAGUGAAAAGGCGGAGGCGGCGGCCGCUCAGGCUCCCACUGCCUCCCCCGCCGCACCCUCUCCCCACCUUCCGCACCCGCCAAACUUGAUGUGACCCUGGCCCGACGCGGAGGCUGCCCCUCUCACUGCCCCGUGGGUCCCCCGCCACCCGCUCCGCACCCGCGAGCGCACCGCUCCCCGCGCCCUUUCCCACUUCCCGCGGGGUCGGCGCCGCGCUCGCCCUCGCGUUCCUUCCCGCCGCCCCCUCCCCCGCACCAUGAGCAACCUGAAGCCGGACGGCGAGCACGGCAGCAGCACCGGCACCGGCUCCGGCGCGGGCUCCGGCGGCGCCCUGGAGGAGGAGGUCCGGACACUGUUUGUCAGCGGCCUCCCUGUGGACAUUAAACCCAGAGAACUCUACUUGCUCUUCCGGCCGUUCAAGGGGUAUGAAGGGUCCCUGAUCAAGCUCACUGCGAGACAGCCUGUUGGUUUUGUGAUCUUUGACAGCCGUGCAGGAGCAGAAGCGGCCAAGAAUGCGCUGAACGGUAUUCGCUUUGAUCCCGAAAAUCCACAGACUCUGAGGCUAGAGUUUGCCAAAGCCAACACCAAGAUGGCCAAGAGCAAGUUAAUGGCAACUCCAAAUCCCAGCAACGUGCACCCCGCCCUAGGAGCACACUUCAUCGCACGGGACCCCUAUGACCUGAUGGGGGCUGCUCUGAUCCCUGCAUCCCCAGAGGCCUGGGCCCCCUACCCUUUGUACACCACAGAGCUGACCCCAGCCAUCUCCCAUGCUGCGUUCACCUACCCAGCUGCCACUGCCGCUGCCGCCGCCCUCCACGCUCAGGUGCGCUGGUACCCUUCCUCUGACACCACCCAGCAAGGAUGGAAGUACCGUCAGUUCUGUUAGUUUUUCAGUCUGGUCACCGGGGAGGUGGUUCUGGGAAUCUGUGGUGGUGCCGGGACAGGCGCCCCGAGUUCCCACUGCCCCCGGGCGGCCUGCACAGAGCUGCUGCCCUCCAGAGACUGUGAAUCCCAAGCCUGACUCAGUGGACUGCUUCCUGUUCCCCUCCCUCCUCUUCCUCACCUUGUUCUGCACCCUCAAGCCUUUCUCCAAUGCCUCCCAGGAGGAUUUGGGGACUUUCUCCCUGGGGCGCCCAGAUCCAGCUUGGAGGCCUCACUGGGACCUGGCAAGGCCUGACCUCCCGCCCAAACUUGCUUCUGUAGCUCCCCCUCGAGGAAGUGAGGUGUUUAAUUUUGCACGUUUUCUGGCAUGAAUUAAGACACUUACACUUGUGUAUAUAUGAGUGUACAGUUUGUUCUCACACUGUCACCGUAGCGACAGGUCCUGGCUCCCAGUGGUUCAUCCUGCCUGGCCCCUCUCUCCUCGCCCCGCCCCUGCACCCACCCCGCUUCAGGGAGGCCCAAGUCCCAUGGCCCCACACGCUUCCAGGCUCAGCUCCCACCUCCACCCAACAGAUAGAUGGGGUUUGCUUUUUCAUUUCACAUGGGGCUCCUCCGCUCCUGUCUUCUCGGAUGGGCCAACAGUCAUAAGAAAGCCCUCUCUGCCCGUUCUGUUCACCUCUCCACAGCGCACCCCGCCCGCCGCUGCUCCUCAUUCUUUCCAAACCUCAAAACCAACCAAAACGUGAGAAGUAUUUUUGUACCCUGUGUAACAAAAUAUUUAUGCAUCAUAAAGGAUUUUUCAUGUGCGUACCAUUAAUUAUUAAAGCGACCUCGUUCGCCCUGUCAGAUAAGUUUAAUGUUUAGUUUGAGGCAUGAAGAAGAAAAGGGUUUCCAUUCUUCAGCAGUACGCCUUUGUGUCUGGCAUUUGUUUAAGAAAAUGAAAUGAAGGAAACACUGUGCAAUGUUUUUUGUUUUGAGCAUAUCAGUGCUUUACUGUCAGCCGCAGCUGUGACCGUCUGGCCAUUUCAGAGUUGGGAGAUGAGGCGGCUGUUGUCAUUGCUGAUCCUGUGAGAAUGUGAAACUGGAUAAUAUAUGAAAUGCAAAAUAAAACAAAAUCAAAAUGA